GAAGAGCGGUGUGCUGCUCUCCUCCCACUUGCAGCCUGUGUGCAUAAAUAGCAGUUUUGACACAAAGAGACGAGUAUCAUCCUCACUGGAUAACACCCCAGACGCCUGGCAUCCUGAAGCAGACUUUAUUGGCAGGCAAACAAUGGCAAAUGAAACCUUUAAGAAAGAGUUCCUGGAUGCACAUAAUAAUUACAGGGCUGCUCACGGUGCUCCAAAACUGACCUACAACAGCGAACUGAACUCUACAGCUCAGAAAUGGGCUGAGCAUCUUCUGGAAACUAAGACCCUGGAACACAGUGACAUUGAGGAUGGAGAAAACGUCUACUACUCAUUCAAUUCGCAGAAAGUGACACCACAAGGAAAGUCAGCUGUGGAUUCUUGGUACGGUGAAAUCAAGGAUUAUGACUUCAGCCGGCCUGGAUGCCAACCAAAAGCUGGACAUUUUACCCAGGUGGUGUGGAAAGACACCAAGGAGCUUGGUGUUGGCAUGGCCACUGAUGGUAACACUGUCUUUGUGGUUGGGCAAUACCGUCCAGCAGGGAACAUAACGAACAAAGGUUACUACGAACAAAACGUUCUGCCAAAAGCUUAAGUGGCACUCAAAAUGGUUAAAAGCUGUGCAUGUAGCUGCCAGCAGAGGGCAGACUGCUGCAGGUUACACCUCCAGUGAGAGGAAGUCAGCUCAGUGAAAAAGAAACUGCAUACUUCUGGUGAUGGGAAGGGGAGAGUCUUUUUUUUCUUUCUUUUUAAUUAUGACAUACAGAAUAGCCUAAUUAGUGAUCUGACCAAAAUGAACAAAGCUUCAAAUAAAUGUUUUCUUGGAAA